AAGCUGUACUACACGCAAAUCGGGAAUGGAAGCGCCCGGGAGCAGCUCCGGGCAAGGGGCAGCGGCCGGCGACGCUUCAUUAGCGCGGGGCGCUGGCUUGUCUGGUCAGGAGGAGGAGGAAAGUCCAGAGCGCGGAAGAUGGGCGCUUCGACGGAGCUGGCUGGCUGCUCAUCCUACGUUCACGGGGAUGAUGUCAUUGGAUGUGGCUGACCGCAGUGGUGUGUAUGCUGCUUUCUUAGUUUACUUAGACCUCUUAGAAGUUCGAAACUGGCAUGAAGUAUCCUACACUGGGCUAGCAGAAUUCCAGCUUGUGAGUCUCUGUGGGCGAGAGAGAGAAGCUGAGGAUUUACAAGUGGUGGUGCCAACCCCUGCCCACGUGUCAUUUAGCCACGAGAGGUUGAGGCAGAUCAUGAAGAGGGCAUGCACUGUGCAGGAGAAGCCUGAUUCCUCGCUGUCCAUCAUGCUGGCUAUAGUUGAAUCAGACUCCACAAUAGUCUACUAUAAACUGACGGAUGGUUUUGUAAUGCCAGACCCCCCUGAUGAUACCGAAGACAUGGACAACAAACAGUGGAGGAAGAAAAGAAAAAGGGUUUUGAGAUAAUGGGGAGAUGGACUCCAGUCUGGAAUUAAAGGGUUCAAAUGGGAGUUGGAACAUCUGUUUUGAAAAUCUUCACUAAGUUUUGAGAAUUGGCAGGAUAUGGAAAGUGCAUAUCUUGUAAUAAACUGAGACAUCAAAGAUAUUGUGGACCAAUUCAAGAAUCCGUCCUCUCCUCAUCAAUUAGUUCAAGCUUGUAGACUGUAUUUUAAGAGGCAAACUUUUGGAGCGAAGGGAAAUUCUGCCCUUUGUUCUAGACUCUGUAAUUGUCCCAUACGAACCUAAGAAUUCUUAAUUUUAUAAAGUGUUGGCUCUUUCUAGUGAAUUUCCUUGUGCAUGUUGCAAUAAAGUAUUCAUAGCACCUGCUAUAUUAAAUUGCUUGAUUGCAUGCCCCUUGCGGGGUAAAGCAAUGUUCAGAAAAGUUUGCUAUUGUUCAUGCUCAUACAAGCUGACACAACCUCCGCCCACCCUUUUGGUUCAGAUGUGCUGCAGUUGGGAAAAGAUUACUUCACUCAUAAUCACUGCUGCUACUGCCAAAGCUCCAAAAUGCCUGAUCUUAGUCCAGUAGAUGAAGGAGGAACUUAACAAUAUUAAUAAUAAAGACUUUUUUAUAGCACAUUUUAGGUGUUCAAAGCACUUCAUAGUCAUUAUCAGGCCAUUUCUUAUGACAACCCUGUAAAGUAGGCCCAUAGUGCUAUCCCCUUGUACUUGAGGAUGGCAGCAGUUUGCUUAAAGUCAUCUCCUGAGUUCAUGGCCCUCCAUUUAGCAGCUUUUUCCUUUUAGGAACUCUUACUUAGUGGUGGCUGAAGUAGUUUAAUAAUCUGAAGGAACACCUCUUCCUGAAAGAGCCUGCCUGUGCCCUUAGAUCUACCGAUGGGAAAGGCCCAUCUCAUUGUCCCACCACCAAGGGAAGAAUGGUGAUGCAAGAAGGGACUUCUCAAUGGUGGCACCCUGACUUUAGAAUGCCCUGCCGCAAGAGCUAAAUCUGGUGCCAACUUCAUUACCAUUUUGGCACCAGGCUACCGUGAUCUGAUUUUUCUGGGCAUUUAUGAGUGGAUAGCUCUGCUGCUGUUAGUUGAUUUUACUUUAUUUUAUUUUAUGCAGUAUUGUAGGUUAUUUUCUAAUACUGUUGUU